AUGUAUUCUGUCUCUGAAGAAAUAGCUAAUUCACCUUCAAGAAAAGAUGGUAUCGAUUACGAAAUAGAAGAUAAUCAAAGAAGAUAUGGUUCUCAUAUUAUACAAGAAGCUGGUAUCUUGAUGAAAUUACCACAGGUAACAAUCGUUACAUCACAGAUUAUAUUUCAUAGAUUCUAUUGUAGACAAUCAUUUAAAUCUUAUGAUGUAAAGAAUAUAUGUAUGGGUGUUGUUUUUAUAGCUAUAAAGUAUACAGAGGUCAAACGAAGAAUAAGAGAUAUCGUUAACACUUUCAACUAUGUAUUUCAAAAGACAGAGGGCGCCAAGAUUGAAUACUUGGAUACACGUGAGGAGUUGUACUGGAAGUUGAAAGCCGACGUAAUGGAGGCAGAGAUGACAGUGUUGAAAGAGUUUGGAUUCCUCAUGAAGGUGGAACCACCACACAAGUUUAUAUUGAACUACCUGAAGCUAUUGGAGAAGAGCAACGACGUUGCACAGAAGGCGUGGAACUACCUGAACGAUAGCAUGCGAACAACACUCUCCGUACAGUACAAACCAGAGUCUAUCGCUGCGGCAUCGAUCUUUCUCGCCGCCAAGAUGCUCAAGGUGCGACUCGUAGAGGAACCCUAUCCAUGGUGGGAGAUAUUCGACACCACCAAAGAAGAGAUCCUCUCAAUAUCGGAAGAGAUCAACAACUUUUACAACAAACCAAAACCAUUUUACAUUGAUAUAGAAAAGUUUUAUGCUGCUGCUGCCGCUGCCGCUGCUGUAGUUGUACCUACUACAAUUAGUUCACCGGCAAGUACAACAACCACAACCACAUCAACAACACCUACAAGUUAA